CUCGUGCGCCUGCUGCGUUAUCGCGACAUGACAGCGGAACACAGGCGCCAGCAUAACCCAUAGCCGGACGUUUUUGGUAGUAACACCAAACUAGCCUCCAUGUUAUGGAACUUUGUAACAUCUGACAACAUCGAGCCUAUCUGUCUACAAUGAUGUUGCAUGGUUUUAAGAGCAGUGUGCAAGACUUCACCUUUGGGCCAUGGAAAGUAAUUGCUGCCAAAAAUCAUAUCAUGAAAUCCAAAGACAUUGAGCGGUUAGCAGAGGAGAUGAAUAUGCCUUCCCUUCCAGAGAUGCUGUUUGGGGACAAUGUACUGCGCAUCCAACACAAAGAGGGCUAUGGCAUUGAAUUCAAUGCUGUUGAUGCUCUAAAACGAGUCAGCAGCAUUGAGGACACUGUGAAGGUGGCUUGCGCUCAAGAGUGGCAAGAGAGCAGAGUGGAUAACGAUCACCCCAAAGAGGUGGUAAAGCCUUACGACUGGACAUAUACUACAGAUUACAGAGGGACUUUGAUAGGAGAAAGUAUGAAGAUAAAGGUGACGGAGACAGCAGAACGUAUCAACGUUGAGAAGCUUAAAGCUCGGGAACAGAUCAUGUUCUUUGAUGAAGUUCUGUUGUUUGAGGAUGAGCUGCAUGACCAUGGAGUCUCAAUGAUCAGUGCCAAAAUUAGGGUGAUGCCCACCAGUUUUUUCUUGUUGUUGCGCUUCUUCCUAAGAGUGGACGGAGUGCUGAUAAGGAUAAAUGACACACGUCUGUAUCAUGAGGGUGGAACCAAUUAUAUGCUACGAGAGUUUAGUACAAGGGAGAGUAAAAUAUCAGAACUAAAGAAUGUUCCUGCUGCACUUUACACUGAUUCUAAUGAGAUUGCCCAGCAUUUAACCCUGAAGUGGACAGAGUGUGAGAAGCUGGAACUUCCAGUGAUUUAUCAACAGACAGCUUCCAAUGAGGUCCUUCAGUGAAUGGUGGUGUGUUCCAUUGUGAAAACAGAAAUAGUAGUCAACACAUUUUUGAUGCUACAGUAACAGCUUGCCUUUGUUUUUAUGUGGCCAGUAUAAUUCUCUGUUUCUGAAACUCUGAUGCUUCAUCUUUUAGUAUCUUGAAACAGUAUAGCAAAAUCAUAUAAUAGUACAAUGCAUGUUGUAGUUUCUGCAGUAGUUUAUGGAAGAUAUAAAUCCCUGUGUUCUAAACCAAAAAUACAGAAUGCAUUAAAUUAUAUCUACGAAGUGUUUAAAUAAAAGCAGCCUAUGUAAAUCUCUAGCUUUCUUUUUUUCCUGUUUGUUAGGUCUUGUUAACUGUAUACUGUCAUGUACAUGCUGGUAAGAUUUAAAAUAAUUUAGACUUAUGGUCAUAAAUGGUGGAUAUUUAUAAACAUUCAUUAUUUUACAUGUAAUCACCAAGAGUAACUGAACCUGAAGGUUAAUUGCAGGCAUGCAUGUAUUAGUUUAUUAAUUAUUAUAUAUUAAUUAAAGUUUAAGAUGUUGG